AUGUCUGUUAUAGAUAUCACAAAGGACUUAUCGGCUCUCUUCCUCCAGCAGGUGCAUGUGACACCAGAUGCUAUCGCCUUAGAGGACCAAAAGACCCAAUACACCUAUUCCGAACUCGACAGGAAAGUCUCAGAACUUGCUCUUCGUCUCCGUGGACAUGGCGUUGGUCGAGACAGCCUUGUUGGUGUGCUUCUGGGCCGCAGCGCCGACUACGUGAUUGCCUGUUUGGCAGCUCUUCGUGCCGGGGGAGCUUUUCUUGUUCUCGAGCUUGCCUAUCCCCCGAACCUCCUCGCUGAUGUUAUCGACGAUUCCAAUCCCACCGUGAUAAUCACGAAUCAAAGCCAGGCUGCCAAAAUAAAGGCCAGCACCCCAUUGAUAGUCCUCGACAAGCCGCAGAAAGAAACCCCGCACGCGAACGAACUCCCGCCAUUACCUGCUGACGAUGAUUUGGAACGGCUAGCUUUUGUAUCUUACUCGUCCGGGACAACUGGCCGCCCGAAAGGAAUUGCAAAUCCACACCGGGCACCGGUCCUCUCAUAUAAUCUCAGAUUUCGACUUUCUGAUCUUCAGCCCGGAGACCGUGUGGCUUGCAAUGUCUUCUUUGUUUGGGAAAUACUACGCCCUCUCUUGCGAGGAGCGACGGUCGUUGCGGUUCCGGAUGAUAUGAGUUAUGACCCUGCUGCACUGGUCGACCUACUUUCUGCGAAACGUAUCACAGAAACACUAAUGACUCCUACGCUUUUGGCCGCGGUACUUUCAAGGCACCCGGCAAUUGGGAGCCGUCUCCCGGAUCUGCGCACCUUGUGGCUUAAUGGUGAGGUCGUCAGCACUGAUUUAGCCCGGCGAGCGAUCAAAGCUCUUCCAAACACCCGACUGCUCAACUGUUACAGUGCCUGCGAAACCCAUGAGAUUGCGUGCGGGGACAUCAGGGAUAUGCUUGAUGACGAAGCCCUUUACUGCCCCGUUGGUCCACCAUUGUUCCCUAAACAGACGUAUAUUCUAGAUGAUAGUGGCAAACCAGUGGAACAUGGGGUUGGUGGUGAGCUUUUCAUUGGCGGGCCGUUGCUAGCCCGAGGGUAUCUGAACCGCCCUGAAACUACGGCCAAGGCUUUCAUCCCAAACCCAUUCGAUUCAACACCAGGAGCCCUCAUGUACAGAACCGGAGACACAGCCAAAAUGUUACCCUCGGGGCUUCUCGAGAUUAGCGGUCGCGUUGGGGCUAUGAUUAAGCUGCGUGGUUAUUCUGUUGUUCCAGGAAAGGUUGAAAAUGCCAUCAUCAACCAUCUUGCUGUUAACGACUGUGUCGUAGUCGCCCACGGUGAAGGUUUAGAAAGGCAAUUGGUAGCGUAUGUUGUCCAGGACAAGGCAAAUUCUUCUGGUCGGCCAAAUAUAGAAGUCAAUGAAUCAGGACAUAGCCCAGCAGCACGUCGCAUACUUUCUCCUUAUCUGGCCCACUACAUGAUUCCAGCAUUAUGGGUCGAACUAAAUGAGCUACCAACCCAUGAAGUCUCCGGAAAAGCCGAUUUGAAACGCCUCCCUCCCCCUCCGACACCCAAACCUAUAAUAACAAAUGGGCAUAAGGCUAAAAGCGAUCCAAUCUCAAUUGACGCGAUAGCCGAAUUUUGGGCUGCAUCCCUCAAAAUAGCACGCAGCGCCAUUACUCCAGAGCACAACUUUUUCGAUUUAGGUGGGCACUCCUUGUCAAUUGCUGACCUUGCCUCAAGACUAUCGAAAAAUUUUGGUUUCCGCAUCCCCCUCGACCGUCUAGUGGAUCCUCCAACGCUCACUGGUCACCUGAAAACGGUACGUGCUGUACGGGAUGGGCACACUGCCGCAUUGCAAGCAGAUCUACCAGCAGUAUUACGCGCGGACUCUAUCCUUGACGAUGACAUUCAACCCUCCAGUGCGAAAACAAGGUCGCUCUCCGAGGCAAAUACAGUGCUCCUUACUGGCGCGACUGGUUUCUUAGGUGCAUUUCUCCUCAACGACUUGUUGGAAGCCACAUCCGCCAAGAUCGUGUGUCUUGUUCGUUUUAACGACCCUUCUGGUGAAGAUGGCCCGGGAGGCGUAGCGAGAAUACGCAGAAAUCUGCUUGAUCUGGGAUUAUGGCGCGACUCGAUCAUGGAGCGAGUCGAGAUCCUGCCCGGAAAUCUAUCUCGAAAACGCUUUGGUCUAUCCCCCCAGGCUUUCGAUGAUCUUGCCGCUCGUGUCCAGGUCAUCAUCCAUGCUGCGGCGACAGUCAAUCUUGUAUAUCCAUAUGCCGCCCUGCGAGGUGCCAAUGUAGGAGGGACGAGAGAGAUCUUGCGCCUCGCGUGUCAGUCCGGUGCCACAGUACAAUAUAUAUCGACAAACGGAGUGUUGCCUCCAUCUCAGAAAGGCUGGCCAGAGGAUGCCAUGCUUGAUGUAUCUGAAGUUCCAGAAAAGCUGCUUGACGGGUACGGCCAGACCAAAUGGGUGGCAGAGCAACUUGUGCUCGAGGCUGGUCGUCGCGGCCUGCCGGUGAAAAUAUUACGAGCCGGAACAAUAAGUGGUCACAGUACCACGGGCGCUGGAAACGCCUGGGAUCUCCUAUCUGCAUUAAUCGUGGAAUCGAUCCAUCUCGGUUAUGCGCCUGACGUAGAGGGGUGGCGUGCAGAGAUGACUCCAGUAGACUUCGUCAGCAAAGCUAUUAUCCAUCUCUCCAAUCAGACUCAAACCAAUCGGGUUAUGUUUCAUCUCGGUGACCCAAGCCCUGUCGACACACGAACCGUGUUCGAUUGCCUCAAGGACCUAGGCUACCCAACCCAGCGUCUCAGCUGGGAUGAAUGGGUUGCAUUGUGGACGGAGAAAAGAGCAUCUGCAAAAGGUGGAGAUGGCGCCUUUACAGUUGACAUCCUUCGAAGCGGCAUGCCAACUGUUGAUUUCCUCAAAGGCAUUGUUGUCCUGAGCAACGCUGAAACCAGGCCUUUCCAUUCGGACGUCGAACGCCCCAAGGUGGACAUUAUCUUGCUAGAAACCUACGCUCGCCAUUGGUUUGCCCGAGGUUGGCUCCCUCGCUCUCCUUCCCGGAAACAUUGCCUCAACGGAGUUUCGCAGCCAGCACCCAAAGGUCCACUUAGCGGCCAUGUUGCAGUCAUCACCGGCGCAUCUUCCGGAAUCGGUGCGGCUGUUGCUACUGCCUUGGUCCGAGAAGGGGCCCAUGUUGCUCUCGGUGCACGACGCACUAAAGCUCUUGAAGCCGUAAAGAGCACCCUUCCUCUCCGUGACAACAAAGUAAUUAUCCGACAAACCGACGUGACAGAUAAGUCCCAGGUGGAAGCCCUAGUUCGUGCAGCCAACGAGGAGCUAGGCCCCGUGGAUAUAGUUGUCGCCUGCGCUGGAGUCAUGUACUUCACAAUGAUGGCGAAUACGCAGAUGGAGGAGUGGGAUCGCACUGUCGAUGUGAACUGCAAAGGCCUCCUACACUGUCUCGCGGCCACUGUGCCGUCAAUGCUUUCUCGUGGUAAAGGCCAUAUCGUCGCCAUAUCAUCUGAUGCCGGCCGUAAAGUCUUCCCUGGACUAAGCGUCUACUCAGCAAGCAAAUUCUUUGUCGAAGCCACGUUACAAGGGCUGCGACUGGAGACAGCAGGUAAAGGCUUGCGCGUCACGAGCGUCCAACCGGGAAAUACGGCCACCGAUCUUCUAGGGAUGUCUACUGAUGCUGAGGCUAUUAAACAGUAUGGUGAACCAUCAGGAGCUCGGAUCCUAGAUCCGGAAGAUGUAGCGAACUCGAUAAUUUAUGCGUUACGACAACCCGAGCACGUCGCUGUGAAUGAGGUACUGAUUGAGCCUCGCGAUGAGCCCAUUUAA